CUUCCAUAUAUCCCGUCCCUACUCUCUCGCCUUUCCUCCAACUCUUCACCGUCCCAACCACCUUCAUCACCACCACGGGUUGUCAACAAAAAAGGCCAAGGCCAGGGACAGAGAAAGAUGUGGUCCUCCCUCAAAGCCGAACUCCUCAACAAAACCUCCCAUCGCCGCCCUGAACCCACUCCCCCUCCCCCUCCACCCCCUGCACAGCUUCCCUCAAACCGCCCAAUCAAAACAACCUACCGCUCCAACCUCGUCCCCAUCCCGCCAGAUUUCCUCACCUCCCCAGCGACUGACUCCCCGGGCCCCGUGACCACGACCCAGAUCCACUGGCCAAGCACUCCGCUGGCCCAGUACGGCGACGCGUAUGCCGUCGUGCUCGACAACGUGCUCUCGCCGAGCGAGUGCGCCACGCUCCUCGCGCUAGCUGAGGCCAGCGUGCCCAGGAAUGAGGAUGGUGGUGGUGGUGACGACGGUGGUGGUGGUAACGACCCGUGGCAGCCCGCGCUGGUCAAUGUCGGCGGCGGCUACGAGGUCCUGACGCGCGAGUACCGGAACAGUGACCGCAUCGUGUGGGACUGCCAGGAGGUGGUUGACCGCAUCUGGCGGCGGUGUGUGCUGGGCGGUGCGGAGGGGUUGGUGAGGAAGAGGUUGGCGGAAGUUGGAGGCGGGGAGACGGCCAUCACGGGCGGAUCGAGGAGGCGCUGGGAGGAGGGAGAUGCGGGGCGGUGGAAGUUUUUGAGGGUGAAUGAACGGAUGAGGUUUUUACGGUAUAAGAAGGGCCAGUUUUUCAAGCCACACUGUGACGCGCCCUAUUUUGACACCAGUGAUCCGGAGAGGACCAUCAGGACGCUCUUCACCAUACAUGUCUACUUGAACGACAGCAAGGCCGAGGCAGGUGAGGAUGCGGAGCUGGUGGGCGGGGCGACCAGCUUCUUUUCCUCCGAUGAGAAGACGAAGCUGGAUGUCAACCCCAAGGCCGGACGGGUGCUCAUUUUCCAGCACCACCGGCUUCUGCACUCGGGAGACGAUGUGCUUACUGGCAUUAAAUACAGCAUGCGGACGGACAUAAUGUACGAGUAUGUCAAGGAUAUUAAGGAUAAGGAGGACGAGGGGAAGGGAAAAGUGUAAACAGAAGGGUUUAUAAGCCCCUUUGAUACCCCUGUAGCAAACUGAAAGUCGCUAAGCUUCUCAAUCCUCC